AUGAAUCCAACAAAACUCAUCACGGACUACUUGGUCGUUGGAGCCGGAGCUGCUUCCAUGGCCUUUGUGGAUACUAUCUUGGCGGAACAGCCAAAUGCGACGGUGUCCAUUGUCGACAAGCACAAUGCUCCUGGCGGGCACUGGAACGAUGCAUAUGGCUUUGUUCGUCUCCACCAACCAACUCUACUGUAUGGAGUCGCCAGCAAACAAAUGGAAGGCACCUGGCUGAAGCUUUGCCUACGUGGCGUCUUGCCCUGGCAACAUCGAGCCUCCAAGGAAGAAAUUCUAGCUCACUACAAGCUGCUCAUGGACCAAUGGGUAGCUUCUGGACGUGUCAAAUACUACCCACACUGCACAUACCAGUUUGAUCAAACCGAGGGAAACAUCCAUUCCUUUGUGGAAAAUGCUACCAAAACGACUCGUUCCAUUGAGGUGCGCAAGAAACUAGUCAACGGCGUUCUGGGCGAAUGCCGAGUGCCCAGUCAGACUCCACCUCAGUUUCAUGUCGAUAAAGGCGUCCCUAUCGUGACACCCAACCAAAUCUUUGAUGAUCACUUGGCUAACAAAAAGAAUCGCUCUGGCAGGAAACACAAAAACAAGGUGGACAGUGAUAAGCGCUAUGUCGUCCUUGGAUGUGGCAAGACUGCAUUGGACACGGUAGUGUUUCUGCAGCAAAAGAUGAAGGUAUCUGCCAGGAAUAUUGCAUGGGUGGCACCCAACGACAUUUGGAUGCUCCGACGAUCGGGACCGGGAUCUCCGUGGUCUUGGGGAGAUGCUCUGUUGAAAUGCAAUGGAGACCCAGACAAGGCUGGUAUGAUGCUCGAAGAACAAGAGGUCUUUGCCCGUCUUACCCACGCCGUCAAGCCAACACGGUUUCGUUUCCCUGUGAUUGGUGACGAAGAAUUGGAGAUUGCACAAAAGGUCAAGGACAUGAUUCGUCGUGGGCGCGUCACAGCGAUUGAGAAACUACCAAACGGAUCCUGCAAGGUCUCCUUUACCGAGUCAGAGGAGCCAAUGAUCUUUGGCGACAACUAUACAUUUGUGCAUUGUACCAGCCCAGGGCCCUUCAACGACAAUCACAUUCGAGAUGUUUUCCCAUCCGAAAACACAAUCAAUUUGCUCUUCUUGUACGCCCCGCCUGUACCAAUCUCCAUGAGUUCGAUUGCGUCUCUCGAGAGUCGGCUACAGAACGGCACUUUGGAUAUGGAUUUUGCCCGUAGACUUCUGAUGGAGAACAAGGAUGGUGCACAAUCCUCCGAUGACACGGACGUACUCAAUGCCAUCCUUGGCAGUUACGGUAUUUCAAUCUUUCCGGAAGACAAACUGGAAAUGGCAAAGCACCACAUGGAACCGAUCAAGACUCUGGCAGUGUUUCUUUCCAUUUUGGAUAAGGAUCCGUUGGUGGGACACAAGUGGCUCAAGCAGAACCGGUUGUCAUUCUUCAGCAUCCCUGGAUUCAAGGGAGAAGUUUGUGAGAAUCUGCAUCGCAUGAUUGAAGCCAAGGACAACUUCCGGUUCAGUGACGAAGAAGUCGACAAGCUGAAGCUGUUGGCGGAAAAACUGCAACCACUUCAAGGGAUGUAA